AUGAAAAGAGUUCUGUUGGGACUGGUAUUGCUGGUACCUGCCAUUGCCAGCCGGCUCGACAUUGCUCGAAACAAAGGUUUCCAUCCGAACCUCGCUCGAGGGCUGAGCGGACGAGCUGCUGCUGCCACAGAAGAGAGAGCUAGCAAAAGCUAUCGUUACCGCAAUGGCAAUACUGAGAAAUUCUUCGUGGAGUCCAUGCCGGACAUCCCACAAAGCUUCAUGACGGAAAUGUACAGCGGUCUAAUCCCAAUAGACGAGGAGGAGCCAGACCGCGCACUUUUCUUCAUCUUCCAGCCUCGCAUUGGCGGCCCGCCGGUAGACGAGAUCACUAUCUGGAUGAAUGGUGGUCCUGGUUGCUCAUCACUUGAGGGCUUUUUGCAGGAAAAUGGCUACAUCAGAUGGACUUGGGGCCAGUAUGCGCCUACUGUAAAUGACUACAGCUGGGUGAACCUCACGAAUGUGCUGUGGGUAGAGCAACCGGUAGGCACUGGCUUCUCCACGGGACAGGUCAGAGCCACGAGCGAGGAGGACAUAGCAGGCGACUUCAUCAAGUUCUUCAAGAAUUUCCAGACAACCUUUGGAAUCAAGAACUACAAGACCUUUGUCACAGGCGAAUCCUACGCCGGCCGCUACGUCCCAUACAUCGCCAACGCAAUGCUCGAACAGAACGACACUUGCUACUACGACGUCCAGGGCGCUCUGAUGUAUGACCCUGUCAUCGGCGCCUUCGACGUUCAAAACGAUAUGACCAUUUACCCAUUCGUCGAAGCAAACAACAACGUGCUUGGUUACAACGCUUCUUUCCUGGCACACAUGAAGGAGAUGGAAGAAGAGUGCGGCUUCAGCGACUUCCGUGACAAGUACAUGCAGUAUCCGCCUUCGGGGAUGCAGCCGCCACUUGCGGAGAGUAAGACGAAGUGCGCGUUGUGGAAUGAGGCAUAUUAUGCAGCUUACGCUCCCAACCCUUGCUUCAAUGUCUACAUGCUCGGCUUCACAUGUCCCCUUCUCUCCGACCCACUCGGCUACCCGACCGAUUUACAACUAUCCUACCCCGGCUUACCAGUCUACUUCAAUCGUACAGACGUCAAAAAGGCUAUGCACGCCCCGAUGGACGUCGAAUGGCUCGAGUGCGCUCCCCAUGCCGUCUUCAAAGGCAACGGCGGCCCCGAAGGCUACGGGGACACUAGUCCAGACCCCAUCCAAAAUGUCCUUCCUCACGUCAUCGAGGCAACCAACAGAGUUCUCGUAUCGAACGGUGCUUUGGACAUGGACGUCCUCACCAACGCCACGCUUCUUGCGAUCCAGAACAUGACGUGGAACGGCAUGAUGGGCUUCCAGAGCGGCCCGGAGAGCUGGAAGGAUAUCGUGAUCACGCUUCCGGAUCUGCAGUAUCAGGGGCUGUUUGAGGAGAACGGGGCUGGCGGGCUGGAUCGGUAUCAGGGCAUUAUGGGGAAGCAGCAUUUUGAGCGAGGUUUGAUCUUUGCGGAGACGUAUCUGUCGGGCCAUAUGCAACCACAGUUUCAACCUCGUUCCGCAUAUAGGCAUUUGCAGUGGGUGCUGGGAAGGAUCGAGCAUUUGUAG